UUUCAGGCGACGUGAGGGUUGGUUAGGUUGCGCCGCGUCGGGUGGUGCCGUGGUGGUUGUUGCCGGGCGGAGCCGCCGCCUCUGACAGAAAGCUCGGCGCCCUCGGCUCGGCCUGGCCCCGCGGCCCGGCCAUGGAGUCCUACGAUAUCAUCGCCAACCAGCCCGUGGUCAUCGACAACGGUUCAGGAGUGGUUAAAGCUGGCUUUGCUGGAGAUCAGAUCCCCAAAUACUGCUUUCCCAACUAUGUGGGCCGUCCAAAGCAUGUGCGGGUUAUGGCUGGUGCGCUCGAAGGCGAUCUCUUCAUUGGACCUAAAGCAGAGGAGCACAGAGGGUUGUUAUCCAUUCGGUACCCCAUGGAACACGGCAUCGUUCGAGACUGGAAUGACAUGGAAAGGAUCUGGCAGUAUGUUUACUCCAAAGAUCAGCUGCAGACAUUCUCAGAAGAGCAUCCUGUUCUCCUGACAGAGGCCCCUCUAAAUCCCAGCAAAAACAGGGAGAAGGCUGCUGAGGUGUUCUUUGAGACCUUCAACGUUCCUGCUCUCUUCAUUUCCAUGCAAGCUGUCCUCAGCCUUUAUGCCACAGGUCGCACUACAGGCGUGGUCCUGGAUGCAGGAGAUGGAGUGACGCACGCGGUGCCCAUCUACGAGGGCUUUGCCAUGCCCCACUCCAUCAUGCGGGUGGACAUCGCUGGGCGAGAUGUCUCCCGCUACCUCCGCCUGUUGCUACGGAAAGAGGGCUACGACUUCCACACCUCGGCUGAGUUUGAAGUGGUCAAGACAAUAAAGGAGAGAGCUUGCUACCUGUCCAUCAACCCUCAAAAGGACGAGGCCUUAGAGACAGAGAAGGUGCAGUACACACUGCCGGACGGAAGCACUUUAGAUGUUGGUCCUUCGCGAUUCCGAGCCCCUGAGCUGCUCUUCCAGCCGGACCUCAUAGGAGAUGAAAGUGAAGGGAUCCAUGAAGUGCUUGCAUUUGCCAUUCAGAAAUCUGACAUGGACCUGAGGCGAACGCUGUUUGGGAACAUUGUCCUGUCUGGGGGAUCAACGCUCUUUAAAGGUUUUGGGGACCGGCUGCUCAGUGAAGUAAAGAAACUUGCUCCAAAGGACGUCAAGAUCAAGAUCUCUGCUCCUCAAGAGAGAUUAUAUUCCACGUGGAUUGGCGGCUCUAUCUUGGCCUCCCUGGACACGUUCAAGAAAAUGUGGGUGUCCAAGAAGGAGUACGAAGAGGACGGUUCCCGGGCCAUUCACCGGAAGACCUUCUAGGGCAGGGGUCGGGGGCAGCGGCAAAGCGGCAGCAGCAGCAGCAGCAGCGGCUGGUGUCUGUGGGCGACUCAUCCGGGUCCUGUCUUUUCUCUCUUAACCCUUUUUGGUCCAGGGCUGCUUCUCCCUCCCUCAUUCCUUCCCUGCUGGUUGGGACCUCUUCCUGCCUUCCUCUGGGGCCUCGCGCUUUCCUGUCUUAGUGCCCUGUCCAAUGCAUGUUGCUACCACACGCACACCCCCUUAGGAGGGAGGCGCGGUUAUAUUUUCGAGGCCUUGGUUGCGGUGGAGGAAGGCGGCAGGGCCCCAGUCAGAAAGGGAACUCCGAGCUCCAUUCUGCCUUCCGAUCGGUUCCAUAGCGAGGCUGCUGCUUUGCCCUGGUCCUUGUUGUGCCUCCACACGGCUCAAGAGGCUGCUUUCCUCGGAGGAAGCUGCCGUGUGCCUCCAUCUGCCCUGCGGGAAGCAACAAAGGCCUGUCUGCUCUUUGAGGUUUGUGGAGGAAAUCUUGAAUGCUCACAUCUUGCCCCAUUGCUCCUUUCCUGUCCCCAAAAAAGAGUGAAUCUUGGGGCAGCUGCAUGGCCCCUUAAAGCACCAAGGAGGACCCUUCCUCCAAAUGCUGUUGCCCUUUUUCCAUUUCUCAGGGCUCUUAAUCUUCCUGGCUUUUGGUGUAUCCUAUAAGACAGGCUCUGCUUCUCAUGCGCAGCUGGUGCCAAGCCGUACCAGGGAGGGAUGAGCAAAUGUUGCCUCCACCACAAACCUGCUCGAGGAGGUCCUGUCUCUCCUGUUCCCGACCCAAAAUAAAUUGGUGAAGAACAGGAUUAUAUCAGGCAAUUUUCAGGAUCUCUGAAUGGGAGAGGUGUGUCUAGGUUCAGCUGGGGAAACAGAGCAGGAGUUAAAAAAAUUCCUCUGGCUUGUCCCAUUUCGGGAGAGCCGUGUUUACAUGGUACAAAGUUCACUUCAUCUGGAACUUGGAUUGGAGGAAGGCAGGCUCCAGCUAUGGCAGUCUCCUGAGUCAGUGGCUGCUGUUUCUUGGCACUGCCAUUCGGUGAAGUAGAAGUAGCAGUUUUGGUUUUAGAACCCUCUUUCUGCACCACAAAUGUGCAUCCGCCCUGUUUUCUCUAGAUCAUUUUGAGAAUGGUAGCAUCAAGGAAUGAGAGUUGACUGACAUUACAGAGGCUAAAUGAGAACAGAUUUAGAUGGUCGCAUCUAAGAGGUGUUUGGAAGAGAGGGGCCAAAGCUCUGCCUUCCCGGUGCCUCUGAAAGUGUUUUCUCCUGGCUUGGCUUUUGUAGAACUCAUGUGGGUUGACUAUGAAAUGUCCAGUUUAGCUCUUCUUUCCUUGUUUGACAAGGGAUUUUCCCUGGCAGCCGGCCCUCUUCUUGGACUGGCCUUCUGUCUGUCCCUUUUCUUCUCCAUCUCCCCUCUGAGGCAGUGUCUCCCUUUGUUCACACUCAACCCUGGGAAAUGAAUUCCAUCACGGAGUACAAAUUAUUGAAAAUAAUUCAAUUUAAAAGGUUCAGCCGGCUUUGGUAGGCAGUGAGGACAAACCCAAGCAAGAUGGUGUCAAAGUCCCCUUGGGGUCCUUAUGGCAGCCAAAGAACACAGCAGCUGAGAGGCUGAAAGGUCUCUCUUCUUCAUUCCCUCCUCACUCCAGAAAUUUGUUGCAGAGAUGGUGGUUUCAACCUUGGACUGGAAAGGGUUAAAUCUUUUUUUAUGGAAAACUAUUAAUUUAAAAGGAAUCCCUGCUAGGGAGUGAGGCUGUGUGGCUCCACUCCCCCGAAGCUUGUAUGUAUAUUGGCUUCUCCCAUGUUAUCCACCUUCAGUGAUCUGUACCAAACUGAGGCAAGACCGCCCCCCCUCCCCUGCGGAAAAAAGGAACCACCUCUCUGGGCUGCAAUGUACAAUAAUUUAACACAGUUGCCUGUAUUUUUAUUUUGUAAAUUCAUUAUAGUAAUAAUUAUAAAUUAACAGCCGGUG